ACAUUUCAUAAACAAAACACUGUGCGUUCCAAAAACGUUAUCUAAGUUUAUACUAUUUUUUCUAGAAAAACACUGUACUCCCGUUUUGGGAUUUUACAAAGUUGCUUCCUUUGGAUAUGUUGUCAGUGAUAACAUUGAUUUCAUGAGUAGCUAGGACUGGUUACGUGACUUUUGCUUCAACUUAGUCUGCACGCAUACUUUUGCAAUCAUGUCGGACUCCGAUUCGAUGGAUUAUCAAAGCGAGGAUGGAGAAAUCAAGAUCCAGAAAAGCCCUCUGGGAAAAGACAAACAUAAUGAUGAACUUCCAUUCAGCUUAUCAGACGAGGAUGCUGAGGACACCGCUGAUUCACUUGAUAUUAAACCUCCCCAAGCCAAUGUUCAUCCGCUGAAAGCUCGUAGUCACAGAGAAAAACGAAGUCAUAGAGAAAAGGAGCGGCGUGCUUAUGGCCAUCAGAGCCACACUCGAACUGAAGAAAGACCUCACAAGAAGGGCCAUCACAGAAGUAGAGAAGAACGCCACAGAGAAAGGAGAGAGGAGCGUCACCGUGAACGAGAAAAACGCCACCAUAGAGACAAGCAUGGUGUUGCUAUUGAAGCCAAGAGAGAGCGUUUGGAGUAUGGAAUGGAGGAAAUAAGACAUCGCGAUGACAGUGCCUUCCGCAACCAUAGAGAGGAACCAGCUCGUGCUUCAUACAGAGAUGCUGUGGAGGGACGUAGAGCUGAGCCAAGGGAUGUUCACAGUUCCAGAGAACUGCGUGAUCCAAGGGAAGCUCGAGAUACGCGAGAAAUCAGGGAGAUCCGUGAAGUAAGAGAUUCUAGGGAGUAUAGAGAAAUCAGGGAAAGAGAAAGAACUGAGAGACGAGAAGAUCAAAGCAGAGAAAGAAGUCAUAAAGAAAAGAUGCCUGCUGAUCGGAAACCAGAAGAUUUGCGAGAUAGAAUACUGGAUCGUAGAAGGGAUGGUGAUACACAUCACCAUGACAGAGAGAGGCACAAACGGGAAAGGCGGGAAGCUCAACUUCUUGAACAACAAAGACUAGAACGGCAGCAGCUCACUGUGCAGGAGCAAUCUUUACCGCCUCCCAUCAGGGAAACACCUCAAGAACGUGCUGAGCGAGAAGAAAGGGAAAGUCGUAGGUUGAAAUUACUUGAAGCAGAGCGGGAAAUGGUGCGACAAAAGGAGGUUUAUAAAAGGGAGUUAGAGGCUAGGAGGGCCAGAAGACAAGUGGAAGAAGAAAAAGAACGUGCUAUGGAAAAUAUUGUUAUGAAACGGGAACGCAGCCGUAGUAGAGAAAGAAGACAAUUAAUUGAUGAUGAUGCUGCUGUGGUUCUGUCAGGAGCAUCUGAAGAUGAAUUACAAGAUGAUGGAGACGAUGAUAUGAAUUUAAGUCAGUUGAAGAGAAUUGGUGACCAAGAGAGUGGUAGUGCAGGCAGUGAUGGUUCAAGUAGCUCUUCAAGUGAAGGUGAUGACAGUGAUGACACAGAAAGUGAUAAAAGAGCUUCUGAUGCUGAAGGGGAAGCAGUCCCAAAGAAUAAUGGCACAGAGGAAAUUAGUAAUGCCGCUCCAACAGAAAAUGGAACAGCAUCUUCUCCUCCUCUUGAGCCUGUAGAAGAUGAUGGAUUCAGUAGUCUUCCACCCUAUUACCCUGCAACACAAGGCUGUCGUUCAGUGGAGGAAUUUUUCUGUCUUAACAGGAUAGAGGAGGGUACAUAUGGUGUGGUAUACAGGGCAAAAGAAAAACGAUCUGGAGAAAUUGUUGCUCUUAAAAGACUUAAAAUGGAAAAGGAAAAGGAAGGCUUUCCUAUCACAUCCUUACGAGAAAUCAACACACUACUUAAGGCUCAACAUAAAAACAUAGUAACUGUUCGAGAAAUUGUUGUAGGGUCCAACAUGGACAAGAUUUUUAUAGUGAUGGACUAUGUUGCCCAUGAUUUAAAAUCUCUAAUGGAGACAAUGAGACACAAAAAACAAGUAUUCCUUCCAGGAGAAGUGAAAUGCCUAAUGCAACAACUGCUCAGUGCUGUUCUCCAUUUACAUGACAAUUGGAUAUUACAUAGGGAUCUCAAAACAUCAAAUCUUCUUCUAAGUCAUGAAGGAGUUCUGAAAGUUGGAGAUUUUGGAUUGGCAAGAGAAUAUGGGUCACCUCUGAGAUCAUACACUCCAGUAGUUGUUACACUGUGGUACAGAUCACCAGAACUAUUGUUGUGUGCGAAGGAGUAUUCUACGCCUGUUGACAUGUGGUCUGUUGGAUGUAUAUUUGCUGAGUUUCUUCUAAUGGAAGCACUCUUGCCUGGUAAAUCAGAAACAGAUCAGCUGAUGCGUAUUUUUAAAGAAUUGGGUACUCCUAAUGAAGAUAUCUGGCCGGGCUUUAGCCUGCUUCCAACUGUUCAGAAAUGCAACUUUGCUGAGUACCCUGUCAAUAGCUUGAGGAACAGGUUUGCUAGUAUGCUGUCAGAACUUGGAAUGAACCUCCUAAACAAGUUUUUAACCUACGAUCCUGCUCAAAGAAUUACAGCUGGUGAUGCAUUAGCGCAUAAUUAUUUUGAAGAAGUGCCUAAGGCAAUUGAUCCUGCCAUGUUCCCUACUUGGCCAGCCAAAAGUGAACUGGUUCAUCGUAAAGCUGCCAGUCCCAAACCUCCAUCAGGUGGUAAAGCCUACAAACAAUUGGUUAGUGGAGUUAAAGAUGAAGAUGAAGAGGACUUAGCAGCUAAGGGCUUCCACAUGGGAACCAUCCAACAGGAAAGAACAAGACUGGGAGCAGGAUUUAGUUUAAAGUUUUAAUUACUAGGAAAGGACUUUGAAUGAAAUAAAAUAAAUCUAGUAUAAGUUCAGUUUGUAGAUAUUUAAAAAAGUAAAAUAAACACAUAUUCUUCUGGUAA